UAUGUCACUCUUGCUGCUUUUGAAACCACAAUUUACUCAUCCAUCUUUCAUAUUUGACUGUUCUACUCGAAGCAUUUUUCUUCAUUUUCUUUUGUUGGGUUUGCUCUUGAUUGUACUUUACGACUAGCAAACAAUUACAGCAACCGAAUAAGCAAGUAAAAGGUCUCAAAAAACGAUGCUGUUCGUACACUGCCUGAUAUUAUUUGCUUUCGUUUGUGGGAUUUUCAGCGAGACAAUCGAGACUCCCAAUCCAACAGCAACAUGUCCUAUCAGUCUUCCUCAGGAUGUACCAUGGGACUCACAGUGUUAUCGCAAGCGGCAGUUGGAUUUGAUUUCAAGGCGUUAUGCCUAUCGCGUUAAGCAGGGCACUAAAGAAAUACCAUUCAACCGACUUGAAACAACACCGGCAGACUACAAACGGUUCCUACUCACCGAUCCAUUCCUAUUUCAACAUGCUCUAACAUGGAGACAACAAAUCAAUUUUGUAGAGUCAAGACAGGCAGUUUAUCUUGCUGAUAAGGUGUUUUUACCAAAAGCGAUGAAUAUGUCAGAGUUUCAAGCUAUGAGAAAAUUCUUUAAGACUGGUUUGCAAUCAAGACAAAAUCUUCUUAAGGGUUUAAUGAAGAUCCCCUCAGACGAAGACAGUUUCAAUAACGAUAUUGAAGACUGGAUUUCUGACAAAUACUUUGCUGAGCAGCGAUUGGCAGGAACCAAUCCGAUGACACUUCAAAAAAUAACGAUUGAUUCCGAGUUUGGAAUGCCGUACGAGGAUCUUAAAAAAAUUAUUAAUCCCACUUUCGAAUGGACAAAAGCUUUGUACCGAGUACUGGAAGAUGUCACUGAUGUCGAUUCUGUAUUGGAGGUAGAUUCUCCAGUCUAUACUCCCCAAGACGGCGAUAACUGGAUGCUAGCCAAGCUAAAUGUGCAGCUCACUGACCUGGGUUGUAGUCAGAUGGUUGAACACCUUUCCAAAGUACAUUUUGUUAUGGAAGCUCUUUGUUUAAGUUACGAACGACAGAUUUCUGAAAAACAUCCUUUGUAUGAGGUACUCAAGUACCACUGCCUAGGGAUCUUCACUACGAACACACUUGCUGGACCAGAGCUAUUGGAUGAAAGAAAAGCCUUACACGAAAUCUUUGGUUAUGGUCAUGAGGGAGGCGCGKUAUUGGUCAGAGAAACAGCUCAACUCCUUCAAUGGGAAGACUUGAAACCAAUGAAAAAUAUUAGGAGAMGAGGUCUUGAUGACAAAGAAAAUCUACCAUACUACCCUUAUAGAGAUGACUCUGCUGUCAUUUACUCUGCAAUCAAAGCCAUGUUGAAGGAAUUUGUGGAUUCAUUUUAUAAGGCAAAUGCAGAUGUUAAAAGAGAUGAAGAAGUUCAAAAGUUUGCGUAUGAGAUCUCAGCGGAUGGUGACGGAAGGAUCCGUGGCUUUCCUUCCCGCAUAAGAACUAAAAAUCAACUGAUCGAAACUAUUACCCGAAUGAUUUGGAUAGGCUCGGCCCAGCAUUCAUCUGUUGGGUAUCCAGUAGCAGACUACGCAACAUACGUUCCCAACGUUUCGACCAAGCUAUACGAUGUUUAUGGUGUUCCUGCUGAUGUCUUUAACGGAUCAAGACUCAACAAUAGGAAAACAGCAUCGCUUCAACUGUCAUUUUYCUUCAAAAUUGGGACUCUCCGCUAUGAUCGAAUCUUCGAUUACGCUGACAAGUUGCAAGAUCCGACGGCGAGAGCGAUAGUUGCUACYCAUAAGCAAAAUCUUGACGAUAACAUUCAAAAGAAGCUUGAGAAGCGAAACAAGAAAAGGCUUGAUGAAGGUCAUCUGACAUACCCUUAUUUGCUGCCAAAAUGGAUCCCUAAUGGGGUACAAGAAUAAAAAAAAGGAUUGAUAAAUAUUAAUAACUUUAAAUCUGAUAUACCUAAGAAAUAACAAGACAAGUAAAUAAGAGAGUAAACAGAAUGUAAAAACCUUAUUGGUAAACUGGUAAAAAAAGUGAUAUCAAGAAAUAAAGCAUACGAAAACAUAUACUUUAAA